AUGGCCUUAGAAUCUCUUCGCAACGGAACCUCCACUCGUUUCAAUCGUCAAGAAGCUUUUGAUCUCGUUUCAAUCGUCAAGAAGCUUCGCGAUCAACGUCUUCACGCGAUUCAGAGUGACUUGCAAUUCUUCGUCUUCGUCUUUCGCUGUACUCAAGGCUUUGGCCGGGAAGAAGCCCCAGCGAGGAUUGAUACAAGACGUUCGUCUUCGACUAUAACAACUCCAUCACCAAGAAGAAAAAGAAAAUCGAGGAGAUCCUGGCAAAUCGAGAACAAUGCUUUCGACGAGUUAGCGGACAAC